AUGUUUAGUGGCUGUCAUAGCCGUCUGGUAGGCCAGUGCAGGCGGUGGUACGUGAGACCUGCUUUGGAGCAUUUGGUGCAGGGUAAAGGUGUGCCUGGUUUGUUUUCAUCGCGAGGAUUAGAAAAUGCAUGGUUCGAGAGAGCCGAUCUGUAUACAACGAAAUUGAAUCGGUUUAGUGGUGGUGGCGACGAGACCCCUCUGGAAACCCUGAUUUACGAGGACGCGAAAUCAGGUGUGAAGCGCAAUGUGGUUAACUACGCUUCGUUGUUAUUCAACCUGCGGUUCGCAAUGUCUUGCGUGCGAGGUUGUUCGCUGCCGGUGCCUUCGAGUGCGGAUUACACAUCCGGUGAGAUCCUAAAAACACCAGGAUUGUCCCUACGAUUCUCCAACGAGCCAGCAGCCAAUGGUAACAGUACGCUUCAGAAUGCGCUCAUUUCGUCAUUUGGAUCGAUUGUCGAGUUCAGGUCACUGCUGAUGAACUCCAGUUUGGCAAUUUCCGGUGACGGCUAUACAUGGCUUGUGGCCCGGAGGCCGUUGGGUCACGAUGGCAGCGAUGGCCAGGUUGUAUUUGACAAGCUGUUCGUUGUUAACACUUACAACGCAGGUACUCCGUUCAAUUUCCAUCGCAGCGGUCAUCUCGAUGAGCUGAGGAUACAAUAUUUGAAAAAAUCAGCACAGCUUAAGACCGUGGAGGAGGACUCUGAGUUCUCGAUGUCGAAAUCUGUGGAAGAAGCAAGGCAAACUGAGGCUUACAAGAAGGUGUCCUAUAUACCGCUUUUGGCCAUCGAUGCGUCUCCAAAAGCCUGGUUGCACGACUAUGGGGUGUUUGGAAAGCAGGCCUACCUCGAUCGAGUAUGGGAGUCGAUCGAAUGGAACGUCGUCGAGUCCAGAUUGCCCAAACAAGCCGUAUCGUACGGCCUCUUUUGA